AUGAGUCUGAACUGGUCAUUUCCUUCUCUAGGCUCUAAUGAAUCUAUACUGGCCAAUUCCUUCCCUACAGGUUCUGCUCACCGGAACGAGAGCGCUAUAAGUCUUGACGUAGAGGACGUGAUCUUUCGACCGAAUACGGCCGACGACAUCGCAUUGGUCAAGUUAGGCAGGCCCGUGAUUCUUAACCCUAAGAUUAGGACCGUGUGCUUACCGGACCACGGGUCACUGGAGCGCGUGCCCAGCAGUCUUUCUAGCCGGUGGGGUUGGUCUGUGGGGUCUGUCACCCUGAACAGCAUCUCCUGUGAGAAAUGGGCAGGCAAAACCAAAGAGGUGAAGAAACUCCAGUAUUUUCAGGGGAUGAUGUAUCGCUUGCACAGAACUGUUUGUCAGAAACGCUCGAAGCAGACCUUUUCCGACCUCCGCAGUUUCUGUGCCAUUCAGCGCACGGGACGCGACUGUGUGAGAGACAAAGGUUUUCCAUUCAUGAUGCAAGACAAAUAUAGACUGAGUCCCGUUAUCCAAACAGGUGUUUUGUCCUCAUCAACUUGCUGUCAGUUUAUUGUCUACACGAGAGUGGAUCGUCACGUGGACUGGAUAAGGCAAACAAUUAGGUUUCACAAAGAAGAGGACGAACGGCGUUUUAAAGGAAUAGUUCAUUGAAGUAAAGAACCAGGCAAUAAACAAUUCAAUGGCUAAUUAUUGCUAGAAAUCGAUGAAUUGUAUACAAAAAUAUAAAACGGACAAGAA